GGUCACGUGGUCACUGAGUCAUUUCCAGGAAAGGAAGCUCCUGGUGACUAAAAACGGAGAAAGUGAAACUUAACUCGGGACUUUGGCGUGAGGGAGCCAUGGCUGCUGCUGGGCAACAGAAUCUGGUCCAGAAUCUUUGUGCUGAAUCCACUUGCUCCAUCUGCCUGGAAUAUUUCAAGGAUCCAGUGAUCAUCCCAGAGUGUGGGCACAACUUCUGCCGGUCUUGCUUGAUCCAGCGCUGGGAAUCGGAGGCAGAGGCUUCCUGCCCUCAGUGCAGAGAAACAGUCCAGCAAAAUAAUCUCAUCCCCAACGGGCAACAGGCAAACUUCUUGCAAUUAAUCAAGAAUCUCAGCAUUCUAGGAAGGAAAGAAGAAGAAAGAAAAGGAGGAGUCUGCGAGGAGCAUCAGGAGCCCCUCAAGCUCUUCUGCAAAGUCCAUGAAGCCCCCAUCUGUGUGGUGUGUGACAGAUCCAGGAUACAUGAAAAUCACAAGGUGAUUCCUCUGAAGGAGGCUUUGGAGGAAUACAAGGGAGAGAUCUGUAGCAGCCUGGAAAUUCUGAGGAAAGAGAGAGGGGAAAUUUUGGCCCAUCAAGCAGCCCUGGACAAGGAAAGCAAAGACCUCCUUAAAUUAACAGAAACAGAGAGGCUGAAGAUUGUGGAGAAGUUCAGAGAACUGCGCCAGUUUCUGGAAGAACAGGAAAAACGUCUGCUGACUCACGUGGAAGAGGUGGAGAAGGAGAUUGCAGGGAGAAGGGAUGAGCAGCUGGCCAGACUCUCCAGGAAACUCUCCUCUCUUGAGGAGAUCAUCCAGGAGAUGGAGGAGAAGAGUCAGCAGCCAGCGAGUGAACUCCUGCAGGAUAUGAGAAGCACCUUGGAGAGAUAUGAGAAAAGAGAGAACAGAGAAGGAGAGCCACUGGCUUUCCCUCCAGAACUGAGGAACAGGAUCUUGGAAUCCUGUGAUGUAAAUCACUUUGUGGAAGAUGCAAUGAAACAAUGGAAAGAUGUUCAGUCAUUCAGAAAUCUUCAGAAAGCAAAUGUCACUCUGGAUCCAGACACAGCCCAUCCCAGCCUCAUCCUGUCUGAGGAUCAGAAAAGCGUAAGAUGGGGAGAGAAAGAGCAAGACCUGCCCAUCAGUCCUGAGAGAUUCAGCAGCUGGCCUUGUGUGUUGGGACAUGAGGGAUUCACAGCAGGCAGACAUUUCUGGGAAGUCAAUGUGGGAAGUGAGGAAGAGUGGGCUUUGGGGGUCACUAGAAAGUCUGUGAGGAGAAAGGGCCUAUUCUCCUUCAGUCCUGGUGGAGGGAUCUGGGCUUUGGAGAAUUGGGAAAGCGAGUACUGGGCCUUCACCUCCCCUGAUUACUCUCCUCUGUCCCUGAGUGAGAAGCCCAGGAGGAUCCGGGUGACUCUGGACUAUGAAGGGAGGGAGGUGUCUUUUUAUGAUGCCGACUCAGGAGCCAAACUCUACACAUUCUCAGGAGCCUCGUUCUCUGGAGAGACCCUCCUCCCUAUCUUUUUUCUGUGGGGAUACCAAACAUACCUCAGUAUCUCCUGAGGAGACUAAAUCUGCCUCUCAGGCCAAGCAGGAGUUUCCCUCCAGACCAAAAUGACUGAUAUAAAAACAUUUACCUGCCAAGGGCACUUUCGGCAGUUUUUCCAGUCAAAAUCAGCAGAAAUAACGGGAAAAGGGGGGGGGGUUGUUGUUGCUUUGCAUUUUCCUUCCUUUUUCCAGAAUUCCAUCUGCAGUUUCUUCAAGAGAUAGUCACACAUUUAACAGUCCCAAUAAACAAUAUUUUCCUCAAA